CUUGAGCUCCAGCCCGGAUCUUUUUGUUCAUCACCUGUUCGUCUGCGGAUGAACAGCCCAAACCUUGACAUGUUAUGGCUGUGUAUCGGAAGCCGCAGGAUCCUGCGUGGCUACAAAAGAAUGCCCUUUGCAGGCUCAAUGUGGGGCAAUGAAAGUCACUUCAUAUGCAGGUGAUAUGAAAGUUCUUGAUGUCAACUCAAAAAGCUGUGUUCUGGCUGAAGAGUGUAUUGAGGCCUCAGCCAACUUUGGUAUUGGCAAAACCUCAAUAACUAGCAGGUGUUGCACCUCCAAUCUCUGCAACAGCCAACCUGCUCCAGAACCCAGCAAAUCCAAUCCAAAUGGUAAGAAGUGCUUCUACUGCGAUGGACAAAAGUGCACCAACACUCUAAGCUGUGAGGGGAAUCAGGACUACUGCAUCUCAACAACAGUGAAUGCAGGAAGUCAGAAGGUGACCAUGAAGGGCUGUGCCUCCAAGAUCAUGUGCUCAACGCAAACUACACAGGCUGCAGGAGCCCUUGGAUCAGAUAUUAGCUGCUGUCAGGGGAACCUGUGCAACAGCGCCAGCAGCACAAGUGUUGGCCUUCUGCUCCUGGUGGCACCGCUGGUCUCUUUGGUUACGCUCUCCUAACUGGUGGAGACGGCAGCAUCAACACUCAGCUUUUCUCUCAUCUUUGCAUGGCCUCAUGCUGCUGCUCACACCUUGGUCGCCAUUCUUUCAAGUAUAAAAAUAUAAUUCAGUAAAAAUCUUAAUUUACUUGUGUCUUGCAGGAUCAUUUUCUUUUUUUGUUGUUGAAUGUUUCCUGUAUACCAUUUCAAAGCUUUACAGCUCAUUCUGUUGUUUUUUCUUAA